GUCAAACACCGCAGGGCCUCUGUGAAAACUGGUCCCAGGUGGAGGGGUUAAUAAGCCCAGCAUCUCAUGAAGAAUCUGUAUUUAUCCACCCCAUGUGGCUCCUUUCUCCUGCAGAAAAACCACAGGUUUUACAAGAGGUCCAGAUUCCAUCCGCUGGGACGCUGAUGCAAUGGCAGUUAUGAAAUAUUCUUCGCAGGAAAAUAAAGGCGCACUGACCACAGACCUUGAAUACAGCAUGUACUGAUCUCCAUGGAGCAUUACCGUGAAGCACAAGGAGCUCUUCAUGGCUCGGGCAUUGUGCCCUGGAUAGCACUGGCAGCAAAGAGAAAAAGCACAGCUAGUGAAGGACCCGAGUGGCACACAGGAGCAGGGAAGGGAGCUGCAGGCCUGAGAUCAGGGCAGGAGAGGAGGGAGGACAGAGCGGCACAGCCGACUCCCUGCAUGGGCCCAGAUGGUUAAGGGUCACAGGCUUUGCAGCUGGGUGGCCUCUGUCUGCACAGCCCGCUCUGCCGAGGGCCACUGUAGGCCUUGCAGGGAUGCAGGGUGUGGCCGAGCAGCAUCUAACUUCACUUUCCAGGAAAGGCAGAGGGACAGAGAGAGGCCUGCAUGCCUGAGCCCUGGCCUGCAGCAGUGGGCUUCAGAUGGGAGCAUCCUUGUUUUCCGGCACCUGUGGCGUCCACAGGUCAACAGCUUUCAAGGCAUUUCAAUAGCUUUCAAAGGAGCUGCGGGUAAAAUGUACAGGUGCGGUGGUGGCGAGGGACCACCCAAGAUGGAAAGACAGCAGCUAGGGCAGCCCCUGGACUCUGCUCACUGAUGGCACACCCAUGGGGGGACAGUGACCAGGCAGCUAGGAAUGACCUAGGGCUGAAAGAGCUCGGGACACUGAGCAAAGCCCAGCAGAUCCAAGCUGCUCCUCUCUCAUCAGGGCAGGCAUGGUAUUUGCCACAGGGUUCUGACCAGGUCCUUGAACACAGGGUCCAGGUCAUUGGGCAGCAGAGUGCAGGCCAGAGCCGGCUGGACACCCUCUGCAGGCGCCAUGCAGACUCGAUUCCCAGGGUGGCGGUGUUAGGCAGUGGAGCCAUCCGGAGUGAGUAGGCCAUGGGGGCCGAGGUGCCGUGGGACUCGUGGCCCGGUAAGGUGAGGCAGGAGCAGCCUGUUUGCCUGUGAAGGCGCAGACAGGAGGUGGACUGGACACCAGGUCAGCCAGCACCUGGACCGUGGACUUCUGGCCACCAGAACUGUGGGCUUCGAUCUCUGUCAUUUAAGACCCCACCCGUGGGACUCUGGUAAAGUGGCCCAAACAGACAAACUGUCCCCUGCCCACUGGUGGGGCAGCCGAGGCUCAGAGCAAUGGGAAGCCGCGCCGGGCCCCAGCAGGGAGCGGCCAGCAGCGUGGCCCCCUCGUGGUCUCCAUGGGCAGUCGGCACACAGGCAGUUCCUGAAGGCUGGCAUGUGCUCCAGGGGCUGGGGACUCAGGAGGUGAGGAGACAGAACUCAGCUGUCGUGGGGCCUUCUGUCACCCUGUAACAAGGGCAAAGCAAGUGCAUCCUUUCCGGUGUGGUGAACACUGCGAAGAACAGCGGAGACGGAGCUGGAGCACAGCAGAGCGUGGCUGUAGGCAGGUGGCGAAGCCCAACCGACCUCCAUUGCUGCUUGACAAAGUUCCACCUGGGGGAAAGAAAGGGUGGAACACAUCGUACCCUCAUGUUUUAUUUUUUCUUGCCAUAAUGUUUAUAAUUGUUCCUCUGGUCACAGGAGUCAUUGUGUUUGUGACUAACAACAAACUGUCCAUGAGGCAAAUUGGCAAUGAUGUAUUGAAAUCUGAUCUGGCUCACAAGUCCCAAAUUCCAGUUUCUCUUAGUUCUAUUGCCACAUCCACUCCUAAAGAAACCUCUCCUGAAACCCCCGCUGUUUUCCCACUACUAUGACUCCCCCUCUCAUUGCUGACAUUCUUUUCACUAAAGGGGUCUUACGAAGAGAUUGGAAGGACAGACUUUGGAUGUAAGAAAUAGUGGAAAAUGGGAAAUAGAAAGAACGUUAAGACAGGUAAAUGCAUUAAGGAGACAAGUUACUCACUAUUUCUCACAGUGCUGUAAAUAUCUCCUGCUCAUGGACUAUGAACCCAAAUGACAGUUAGUUAAGAUGAAUAGAGGUAUAGAGAGGUAGAGAGCUAACAGCAAACUAUAUUAACUGUUGUGCAGUUUCUCAAGGGCCAGCUGGCGACCACAAGUUUGACAUUUAAUUAAUUAAAUCUUGCUUGUACCCCCGCUGCUAUGGAGAUUCUAAUUAAGUUACCCUCUGGAGACUUUGAUUAAGUUACCUUCUGUUCUACCUAGGUAUGGGAAAAUAAGGGGACAAUUGUGAUUUUUAAGAAAUGUAUUCAUGAUGUUCGAUGAAAUGAAUCAGCUUAGAGAAACAUACUGUUUAGUAAAAAUAACCUUUACCUCACUAGAUGUUGCUAAGGCAACCUACAAUGUAAACUUGUCCCGCCCAAUGCUCCCUAGCUAGUGCUUAGAGAUAUAAAAAUAAAUCAGACCCUGAGACUUUUCAGAGGGAGCCUGCACAUUGCUUGCGACGGUUCUUUUCUCACUCGCCGGCCCGAGACCUCUCCCCUUCCUACCCUGCAUCGACUGCAGCUGGUCUGCGGCAGGCAGGGUGUGAGGGGUUCCUGGCGGAAAACAAACGUCUACUGGGAGCUGCUGGGUUUGGGCCAGUUUGUUAGGCAGCACAGGCGACAGACAGGUGCCUGCAGAGGUGCGGCCAGAUGGGUCACCUGGGGGUGGGGCCAGGAAGAAGGAGGCAGAGUUGGGGCCUAGGGCAGCCCAGAUCGCCUCCAGGAGCCAGGUGCUGCCAGCCUCUUUCCCUACACGAAAUCUCCAAGUACAGCUCUCAUGCCGUGCUUCCAAGACUGUGGGAGCAACCGACGAGGCCCAGCCCACAGCCCCACCUGACAAGACUGCCCCUCGACCUGGAUCACUCCUCACUCUGGCCACACCUGCCCAGGGCAGGGGGAGGGGCCGCUUGAGUCAAACCCGGAAUGAGCAGGGCAACUCCAGAACCCUCUCCCAUCAGCUGGCAUUGGGUAUGACACGGGACAUCGCAGGUCUACCUGGUCCCCACCAGAACGAGAGGGAGCUGGCUGAAGCCUGCAGCUGCGCACCCUCUGCAGAAUGGAAGUGAGUACUUCCACGCCAUGUCUCGGCUCCUGGGGCAGCUGCCACCCGCGGCCUGCAGUUCAGGUCCCGGUCCCCCUGCCACAGCCCCAAGCAGGAAGGCCAGGGGCCCUGUGCAAGCUCAGGCAGCCCGAUGCUGCCGGAGGCCUACUGCCUGCCACUGCUGGUGGGACGGAGCUCAGAGUCUGCACCUCUCAGCCCAGGCCUCUUAGUCCUGACCGUUCUCGGACUGCCUGGUGUGGAAGACUUGGACGGGACUGCUCGGAGGCUCUGUCCUCCCAAUCUUUACAGAAAGCCAACAACCCCCCCACACACACACACACACAAUCAACCUGAGCACAACAACCUCCCCAUUCCCCAGCUUCCGGCCAUCCAUUCACGAUUUGGACCCCCCCAAAACAACCCAAGGGGUUUAUUUGAGUUUAGCGAGGCCUGCGAAUCGGGACACACGUGCUACGACAGCUCGGCGCGCUGGAGGGAUGGAGGGCGCAAAGACCAGCAGUCCAGGAGAGCUGUCACCCACGUCCCCGGGAACGGGGGGCCACGCAGCUGGCGACGGCCCUUCCGCCCGGGGCCAAGGCGGAUUUCGGAUUCCCGCAGGGUCGUCCCCGGGCCUUCGCGAGCUCCUGGCAGGCCCUGGACAGACCUCAGGAGCUCAAGGCGCUGUGACUCAGAGCCGGCAGGGGAAACGCCGCCAAGCCCGCAGGCGCCCAGGGCCAGGACCGCGCCGCGCCGCGCCGCGCCGAGACGCCCGCCGAAAGCGCCGAGUCGCGUCGGAAAGUUGCGUCAUCACAGGCUCCCGUCGGGUGCGCAGCACCGGCUUGCGGCCCGAGGGGAGGGGCCAGGCGGAGGGGCGGGCACACGCUCUCGGCGGAAGCCCAGGCGGCCCCACUGCGCCCGCGCAAUCCUGCCCACUCGGCAAACCUCCAAUGGGCUCUCGGGGCCCGCCCUUGACGACGCAGGCCCCUCCUCCUGGAGACCCGCCGCCGCGGAGCUACCACCGGCCAAGACUAGGGACCCCGGGGCUGAGGGACGAGGGCCCCGCCUGGGGUCCGCGCGCCGCCGGCCGUCAUGAAGCUGACGCGAAAGAUGGUCCUGUCCCGGGCCAAGGCCUCGGAGCUGCACAGCGUGCGGAAGCUCAACUGCUGGGGCAGCCGUCUCACGGACGUGAGUAUUACCUUCGUCAUCUCCACGUGGCCGUGCCCCGGAAGCUGUCUCCUCCUCGGCCCCAGAACCGCUGCCCUGGCCAUUGCUUCCAUCCACGCUGCCUGCAGAUCUCCAUAUGCCGGGAGAUGCCCAGCCUGGAGGUGAUCACACUCAGGUACCUGACUCCUGCUUAGUGCUUCCCUGGGACUGAGUGACAGAGACAGACUGGAAGCUCCCUCCCCGGCGCUUGCCCUACCAGCCACAGCUGUACCUGUGCCCUUGCAGCCACGGCUAGGGCUGUACUGAUAAGCUUGGCCCCGUCUGUCCCUGGAGCUCCAGUUCCAUCACGCCGGGAGCUCACGAGCUCUGCAUCGCAGACUUCUCACUGAUCAGUGUUGGCAGUCGGGGAGCAUUUUGAGGGACGAGCUCCCCAAACACACUCCUGCCCACCCUGUACCCAAGGAGGGGGCUGAUGUUGAGGGUCCCUGCCACCUGGCAGAUGCGGGGAUGUGUUCUCCAGGGUCAGCAUGGCACUGGUGUCCCUUCCAGCACAUGCCCCACCCUGGGGUGGCCCUGUAGGAGGGAGCGCUUUGGGGGGCUGGUGCAUGGGGUCCCUGGUGGGGACGCAGGGGUUGCUGGCCACCUUGAGCUGAGUGCCUGGGUGUCUAGGCCUAUCUGUCCAUCGUAGGGUGGGGGGACACCGUGUGUUUUUCU